AUGGAGGAAAUAUUGCUUCAAGAGAACAGGUGUUUAGAAUGGUUGUUGGCACAUGGAGACGAGAUACUGGAGUCUAACCGAAUGCUGGACGAGGCGAUUGAGCGCAUUGACGAGAUGUGUAUGGAGUUGACUAGCUUUGUUGAUUCAAUAUCGCAAUACUUGAUAUCGGUAUCGAGCAUUAACGAUUCGACUACAGCAUUGCUUUCGGAAGCUGAGAAGAACACCAUGAUAGCCGCAAAACUGAGGGAGUACUUAGCCAGCAUUGUAAUUAGUCCGGAAGCCGAGUGUGGGAUUCGUUCCGCUCCGGUGUAUACGGGGGAAAAUACAGAAUCGAGUGAAUUUUGGGACCAUGUGGAAGAACUGAAUACAAAACUAAAGACCGCAUUGUCGUAUAAUAAGGCGGAUUGGAAGACUCUAGAUGACGCACAGACCCAGCUUAUGGGCCUCGCCGAAAUUAGUGUUAAACGGAUUACUCGACAUAUCGAAACGUCCCUUAAGGCUAAUUUCAUACCACAUGCACAAAUUGCUACGUCCAGACGAGCCUUUUAUGAGACGACCAAAAAGGCGUUCGACUACCUUAGCAUUAAUAAGUCAAUGCAGCGACCGAUCAUCAUAAAGAGCUACGAGCAUACCCUGGGGGCCCUGCACAUGCAGCAAGUGCAAGACUACUUCCAACUUAUCAGGGACUUGAUCAAGAGAUCCGCUGUGGUGGUCGAUAAAUACACUCUCAAUCAACGAUUCGCGCGACUUCAAUUGAAUGUGUUCGAUGAAGCACUCAAUGGCUUUGGAGUCGCUGAUGACUCAAGUGUGGGGUUAGUUCGAACCCUGAUGGAUAGGGUAGGUUUGAACAGGUUCAAUGAUCUACGAAUACAGGACGAGGGUUCUACGAAUCCGACCAGCAGUACACGGGUCAACGAAAGCGAACUAUGUGGCCCUCUUGAGAAAAUUCUAGAGAGGUCUAAAAUUCUCAAGGAGUAUGACAAGCCGAUCCCGCCCCUAAGGACUACGUUCGAUACCGUUUGGGAGAUGGAGGAUUUAUACCGCAUGUGUAUUAAAGCUUUGAUGGAUACCGGAAUGGCUGAGAUGGAUUUUAUGCAUUCUUAUUUUAUGGUUAGCAAAGAAGACGUAUCGCAAAGCGAAGCCGUUUGUGAGAGUACUGCAGGGGCUGGAUUGACGUCUGAGGCGUCAUCGUCGUCGCUGGGCUUUCGUUUAUCGUGGGGAUCGCCAUUAACCUCCCAAUUCGGGCGAGUGUUUGGUAAGUGUUUGUCGAAAGCGCGCAUUGAAAUCAAAAAUUUAUUGAUAACUGGAAACUGGGAUUUAGUGUCUUUAACCUUGAUGCGAAGACUUUCGGAUAUAUUCUUGGGUCUCGGGGACUGUACAGCUGCGGUAAAAAAGAGCGAGGCAGCAUUUAUGGAGAGCGUUCUUGUUACAUUGAGCCAGUGUUUGAAUAAGCAAAUUGCGCUGGUUACCGACUCGGUUUUAAAUACCAUCCGUCACAACAAUAAGCCUACAAUGGUAGUGACGGAUAGUACGGAUAUAUUUCAUCGCAAGGGCAGCAGUGUGCUUAGAAAUCGUUUGCCGCACGAAUCGACUGCGCCCGUCCUCGUGCAAUUGUUAAUCAUAUUGUCGAUAUCUGUGCCCGAGUCGGAUGCCGUGAAGCAGGUGAAGGAUGUUCUGCAAAACAGUUACGAGAAUUUAGACCUCAAUUCUCCGAAUGAAAGGAUUAAUCUAUUGUUCGAUAUGCAAUAUAUUUUGACCACGCUAGAGGAAUCGGCUUUGGAGGAGUUGAGAUCAACGACUUCAGACUCCAGUCGCCCACUGGUCUUGGAUGACGAGUCCGAUGCGGACGUCCAAGGGCGGUUAGAGUGGUGGGAGGAUAUGAUUGACUGGGCGGAGACGAAAAAAAAUUCGCUUAUCGACGACUUGGCGAGGACCUGCAUUUCGAAAAUCCGACCCGGGCUUCUUGAGACGGUACAUGCAGCCGAAACCCAGUUUGAAAACUCAGGUUCCAUUACAGAACCCACCCGAAUCAAGCUAGCUAGAUACACCAACGUAGAGUUCGAAAAAGACCUCGCCUCUAUCUAUCAAGUACUCACGCCACCAUCUCGCCAAGAGUUAACCGACAGGAGGACUAGCUAUGCUGAACAAAAAAUACAAGAGUGGCAGCUGUCCUUAGCCAAAGAAAUUGUCACCAAGUACGUAGUCCUCCAUUCCCGACUCGUAUCUGUUCUGGGCCAAGCCGAAAUAAACACCGGCAGCCUGAUCCAGCCCAGCGAACUUUUGGCAAACAUCAAAAAGUAUUUUGACUAA